AUGAAUAAACUAAAAACGAAGUUUGCAUAUUAGAAUUCCGAUUUCUCCCUAGGCUGUGAACGCAACUCAGUUCCCUAAACCGAAUUUGAUUGGCCGAUUGGUAGUCACGUGUCCACUUUAAGCAUCGAUUUGAUUGGAAGAAUGGUAUAUUGCAAUCCGGAAGAAAAGCCAACCUUGAGAAGUCGCAUGUUAACGCUAACAUGGCGCAAACCUGAUCGCUGAUAAUUUGUUGAAAUGUAAGAUUUUAACAUUUUGCUAUUUUACGUGUUUGACGGUGAUACUCCGGUGAUCACGUCGCUUGUCGCGGACGUUUUUACGUCACGUAUGGUUGGGCAAGCUAAACGAGCCCUUUAGCAAAACAUUAAUUUCACUUUUGACUAUCUUUGAAAAAUGAGGACCCCUUUACGCAUCAUCACAAGAAGCCGCAAAGCACUUGUCAUCUGGCGACAGAGCGCCUUUUUAUCAUCACGUUCAACUCCACGUAGGGUGAAUCGCACAAGCAGCGAGGUGUGCAAAGAGGAACGAAGCUCCUACAUAACCACGCCCAUCUUCUAUGUCAAUGCCUCUCCCCAUCUGGGUCACCUGUAUUCAGCAGUUUUAGCCGACUGCAUGCACAGAUACAAGCUCCUCCAGGGAGUCGAGUCGAGAUUCGCAACAGGCACAGACGAGCACGGUUUAAAAAUCCAACAGGCGGCUGACGUGGCAGGAGAGGACCCCCUGACUUUCUGCACGGGGGUGUCCCAGAGAUUCCGCCAGGUCUUCGGCAGCUGCGACGUGUCCUUCACGGACUACAUCAGGACCACCGAGGAGCGCCACCGGCGGGCUGUGGAGCACUUCUGGUGCGUGCUGCGCGACAAAGGGCUCAUCUACAAGGGCAGCUACGAGGGCUGGUACUCCACGCCAGACGAGAGCUUCCUCACGCCGACGCAGGUGGCCGACGCAGUGGACGCGAUGGGCCAGCCUAUCAAAGUGUCGCUGGAGAGUGGUCACAAGGUGGAGUGGCUAAAAGAGGAGAACUACAUGUACCGUUUGUCGGCAUUCCGAACUCAACUGCUGGAUUGGCUCCAGAAAAACCCCAGAGCCAUCCAGCCCGACCGCUUCCUCCAGGAUGUUCUCCAGUGGCUGCAGGACGACCUUCCGGACCUGUCCGUGUCCCGCCAAAGAAGUCGCCUCCAGUGGGGGAUUCCUGUGCCAGGGGAUCCCGAGCACACCGUCUACGUGUGGCUGGACGCUCUGGUCAACUACCUCACGGUGGCCGGUUACCCCGACGACCACGAUCAUUGGUGGAGCGUGGCCCGCCACAUCGUUGGCAAAGACAUCCUGAAAUUCCACGCAAUCUACUGGCCGGCUUUCCUCCUCGGUGCGGGACUGGCGCCGCCGCGGUCCAUACACGUGCACUCGCACUGGACAGUCAACGGAACCAAGAUGUCUAAAAGUUUGGGCAACGUGGUUGAUCCUGUUGAGCGCUCGCAGGCAUUCACCACCGACGGUUUAAGGUACUUCCUGCUGCGUCAAGGCGUGCCCGAUUCCGACUGCGACUACACGGACCGCAAAGUCAUCAAGCUGCUCAACGCUGAGCUGGCCGACUCCUUGGGCGGCCUCCUCAAUCGCUGCGCCGCUCCCGCUCUCAACCCCACCCAGACCUACCCGCCACUCUGCCCUCGGUCUUUUACCAGUGAGCAGGACGGUAGAGCGGUGCCAGAAGACUAUCGCAUGUUGGACGCUGUGCGAAGCCUCCCGACGUUGGUGGAGCAUCACUAUGAGAGCCUGCAUGUGUACAAAGCCCUGGAGGCCAUCGCUUCCUGCGUGAGGCAAACCAACGGCUUCGUUCAACGCCACGCGCCUUGGAAGUUAAACAGGACGGACGCCGGAGACCGACGCUGGCUGAACUCCAUCAUCUACGUCUCCCUGGAAUGUCUGAGGAUUUACGGGACCCUCCUGCAGCCCGUCGUGCCGCGAGUAGCUGACAAGCUGCUGUCGAGACUCGGCGUGCGAGCCGACGAGAGGAACUGGGCCGACCUGGACUUCCUGCUGAGCUACCGCGGGAGAACCCUAGGACGCGAUACUGGAGUGCUUUUUAAUCGCCUGGAAAGUCCUGUUGGGGAUGAGCAAAAGCCAAGGAAAAUGAAAAAAACUGAUAAUUAUCCCAAGGCACUGAAUUUAGGAACCAGGUCUUAACUCACACUCCUUAACGGUCCCAUGCAAUCAUUUUUUCCCCCCAUAAUGUUUGAUGUCCUUUUAUUGGGUUUGCAAGAUCAUUUGGAUAUGCCCAGCAUGUCUUUUUCAAGCUAUCAUAGUUCGUCUUUUUUAUCUGGCAAUUGAGACAGAUGAAUUUCUCAUUCAUAUGCAAUAUGCAAAUAAGCUUUACUCUGAUUAGAUUGCUGUUAUUCUUCGUUUCAUUAUGGAAAACAGCUUUGCUCUGAUUGGUCCUUGGUAACGUCGCGUUUGGAUCGUCCGAUGUGGGGUCUAUCAUUGUGAAGCGGAAUUCACUAAGCGUUGAAUUGUUGGCCCCAUUAAUGGGGAAUGUGAGUUGAAAGGGGACCUGGGCGAAAAUAAGAGCGAGAGCUAUUUUGAGGUACGGCUCGUCAUCCACUCCCGUUCAUUUGAACAUAAGCGGCGCGCUACAUUCAUCUUUCGGGCCCAUUUGAGCGAAAAUGACUGCAAUUUGGCCACAGAGUUAAGUUCAACUUGAAAAUGGCACCAUCGCCCAAUUUUUCCAGUCAUUACAAAAAGAUAUUGACUAUUUUCCUAUACCACUAGUCACCACUGACUCCCAUUAUACAUCAUAUUUUUUCAUUAUACUGUAAACACUGUGUUAUAAUAUUUUUGUUAGUGUGAAAAUAGGUUUUUGGGUGUAGUUACACCCCUAAACCACCAAGUAGCGCCUAUCAUCGUUUUCAGCCGUCAGUCCUGUUGCGGCCAAGACUUGAUACUCCUCUAGUUCCAAAAUAUAUGCCAUAAAAAAUUAAAUGUUGCCGAUUUGGGAUUGUUAUGAGUCGCUCGGCUUUGCAAUGAUGCCAUCAGAUGACAAAAGGGUCUCUUUUUUUUAAUUACGUGAUUGACUACUACGUUGCUCGGGAUCCCCUCGGAAGAGCUGUGGCGCGAGAAGUAUGGGCUUCCCUGCUGCAGCUACUGCCCCGCGACCCGACCUCGGAUCAGCGGAAGACAAUGGAUGGAUGGAAGUGGAGAACAACAGAGGCGAAUAUAGUAAUGAGUUCAAUGUCACCAGAUGAACGGAAUUUGCUUCAACAUUACAACCAGCCACAAUGGAGGGCUCUCAAUACUUUGUGUAAUAACAUGGGAAAGUCAAUAGAAAUCAGCCAGGAUAUCAUGAAGAGAAUUUUGGACCUGCACAAGUCUGGUACUGGUAAUUUCCAGAUGCCUGAAGAUGCCACGUUCAUCUGUUCAAACAAUUAUAAACACCAUGCGAAUGUCCAGCCAUCAUAUGGCAUAGGAAGAUGAAUUCGGUGUCCCAGCAAUGAACAUAUUUUGGUCCAAAAUGUGCAUAUAAUCUAAAGAAAAAAGGACCUUGUGAAGAUGCUGGCCAUAGCUGAUAUAUGUCAAUGGAUGGAUAGUGAAUUAGUGUCGACUUUACAGCAUUUCUAAGACUAUUUCCCUGUGAAAACGUCCGAGGGGAAAAUAGUGACAUGAUGAGUGACGCGCCUUAUAUUUUCUAUGACGAAAAUUUGAAUCUAAAGUACACAAACUAUAACAGUAAUACACAAAACAGUAUUCAGUUCAAACUUGAAAUAUAAUUGCACUAGUUGUAUUCAUGAAAAAUGAGUGCAAGUGUGGAGUCCUUGUAGUCAUCCUUGAGUGACAGCGCCUCUUAGCGGACAAUCUGUAAAUGACUCACAAUAAUCCUGUUUCUCGAUGGGACAAAAUAUUAGCAACAGAAAAUUUAACUGGAUGCCUUUCUGAAGUUGUCAAUCAUAACUGAAUUACCAGCUUGAUAAAGGUAGAAUGUUUGUAUCGUGCAGGUGUACCUAAUGUCGUGACUACUGUGUACAAACAAAUAUCCAACAGGUAAAUUUUAUGGCUUAGUUAUAUAUAAUUGUGAAGGUGAAGGUUUCUAUGAAGAAAAAAUACAAACAUUUUCUGGGCAAGUUGAGACAAGAAAUCCUUUUCUUCUCUCUUGAUUUUAUCA